GCAGUCCUAAUGCAAUGUCGAUCGACAUCAAUUGGACAGCGCUGACCAGUGGUCUGGAUGGUCUAGCUCUUGCCGAACGUAUUCGCUCUUUCAUUGACAGCAAAUUCCAGCAAGUAAAACUUCCGCGCUCGAUCCGUUCUGUCAAGGUCAAUUCCUUUGAUUUCGGCAGCGUCGCGCCAGAGAUUGUCCUCAAGGACAUUUGCGACCCAUUGCCCGACUUUUACGAGGUCGACGAUGACGACGAUGAUACUGAUGAGGAAGGAGAAGAAGAGGAGGAUAGUGAAGGAGAGGGUAGUAAAAUAGAGGCAGGCGAUGGCGAGAACGAGAAAUUCGACACCGAAUCCGAGCCUGUCGGGCCCGCAGCCUCAACUUCCAGAAAUAGGCAAGGUCGUGAUCUCAACGACAGAUCUCGUGCCGAAACAGGGCAGAGACACCUUUCGCCAACAAAAGUAUUAAAACAGAGGCAGCGGCAAAGGGAACGGCGUCGCGUAGAGCGCUGGGCGCGAUCCGACGGUGCCGGAUACAUGAGCGGAGGCGAAGGUUCUCCGCAACCUCCAAUGGUAAAUGACCGACCUUCAUUGUCUACGAAUGACAUCCAUCGAGCCGGCCUAUCUGGGACCACUGCAUCGAUUCCCGGCUUGCGGAACUUUGGUCCUGGACAUGGGAUCGGUCUGAGCAUUCCCGACCAACAUUUGCUUUCUCGUUCGAACACGCCCGGUAUCCCAGGAGGCACAUCCAACCUCAGUUACUUCCACCUCCCGCUCGGUGCAAGCUUGUCGGGCUCACAAACUCCUCUUGCCGCCGUGGCCGGCGCACAGUAUCCCACCGGUUGGUCCAGUGCUAGUCAUCUUCCCAACGGACAGCAAACGCUGCAAGAUCGAGGAAGAUCACCAGCUUAUUCACCCGACAAUCAACGCUCGUCGAAUCCAAACCACCGUCAUCAUUCCUCGAUUUCAACAACAAACUCUGCUCCUUCUCCUCCCUCAACAGUCACUGAUAACACACCCAUCCCACAAGGUCAUGAUACACAUGACCACCACAGUCCUGGUCCCGAAGAGGGAAAACCAGCCCAGCUCCCCCGAAGACCAAAACCGCAAUUCUCGCUCUCGACGAAGGGCGAAGAUUCCAAAUCACCCCAUUCUCCACCGACGCGCUCCUCCCAUUCGCCCUCACGUUCUUCUCCAUCCCCGUCCUCCGAACACUUCAACAACUCACACCAUUUCCGUCCAACUGCCAUUCGCGAGCCUCAGCCCGAAGACGUGCAGAUCGUCUCGCGCAUAAAAUACGCAGGUGACGUCAAAUUAUCACUGACCACUGAGAUCCUGCUCGACUAUCCCAUGCCCAGCUUUGUCGGGAUCCCCCUCACGCUCAAUAUUACUGGCCUCUCAUUCGAUGGCGUUGCUGUCGUCGCGCAGAUUCGUCGGCGUGCUCAUUUUUGCUUCUUAUCCCCGGAGGACGCAGCUACGCUUUUGGGCGCAGAUGAGGAUGCCCCUGCCGAUGCCCCUGCCCCAGGCUAUGCAGGCAACAUGCCAGGUUCAAACCCAAAUCUCAAACAUCCCCUCGGCAGCUUGCUCCAGGAUAUUAAAGUCGAGAGCGAAAUCGGACAGCGGGAUAAUGGCAAGCAAGUUCUGAAAAACGUGGGUAAAGUCGAAAAGUUUGUGCUCGAGCAAGUUCGGAGGAUUUUCGAGGACGAAUUUGUUUAUCCUAGUUUUUGGACGUUUCUUAUAUGAUAGCAUUGCAAAAAGUGCAUGGGAUUUAAAGUUACGAUUUAGGGUGCUACAGGACAUCAUCAUCAUCAUCAUCACGUAUUUCAAAGAUAUAUAGGCGACAUGGAGGAACAGAGAAAGGAAGGAUGCAAGGACAUUCUCACAAACAUUUACGAGUCACGC